CACCAAAUCAGACAAAACACUUUCCUCCUGCUUCUUUGGAGCCAUCUUCUUCUUUUUAACUCUUUUUAUUUUCUUCUUCAAAGUCUCUCCCUUUCUCUGUGAUCCUUAAACCCAUUUUCAUGGCUGCCUCUAUCUCAAGAGUUUUGCCAACAGAUAAUAGGAGAUUAAGUCAAUGCAAUUCAUGGGUUCCUGCAACUCCUACGAGGAGAGCUCAAACUCAUUUAGAUUCUCUCGAGUUGUUUCCCGUUGCUAAAUCUGGAAUAAGUUUGAAGGUUCAGAACGGUAGACGACAAUUAUGCUCUGUCUUUGCUCUUGAUUCAGCUUCCUCCAGGAUCAGCCGAGUUGCUUGCAAUGCUGCUGCAGAUGCACCUGAAAGCACUCCUAAGAAGCUUAGCCAGUACGAGAAAAUUAUUGAGCUUUUGACCACUCUUUUUCCACUCUGGGUUAUUUUGGGAACACUUGUUGGCAUCUUCAAACCAUCUUUAGUUACAUGGUUGGAAACAGACCUCUUCACUCUAGGUCUUGGAUUUCUCAUGCUCUCCAUGGGUUUAACUCUUACCUUUGAAGAUUUCAGAAGAUGUUUACGUAAUCCCUGGACGGUUGGUGUUGGUUUUCUUGCACAGUAUAUGAUCAAGCCAUUGCUAGGUUUCCUCAUUGCAAUGUCUCUUAAGCUUUCAGCACCUCUUGCAACUGGUCUUAUCCUGGUCUCAUGCUGCCCUGGAGGACAGGCCUCAAAUGUUGCCACCUACAUUUCCAAGGGCAACGUAGCACUCUCUGUACUCAUGACAACGUGUUCAACCAUUGGAGCUAUUAUAAUGACUCCUCUUCUCACCAAGCUUCUUGCUGGCCAGCUUGUUCCCGUUGAUGCUGCUGGACUAGCUCUUAGCACUUUUCAAGUAGUGUUGGUGCCUACUAUAGUUGGAGUUCUGGCUAAUGAGUUCUUUCCUAAGUUUACUUCCAAGAUUAUAACAGUGACACCUCUAAUAGGAGUCAUUCUUACCACUCUUCUCUGUGCUAGCCCUAUUGGACAAGUUUCAGAGGUUUUGAAAACACAAGGAGGGCAACUUAUACUCCCUGUAGCACUCCUACAUGCUGCAGCCUUUGCUAUUGGCUAUUGGAUUUCAAAGUUGUCUUUCGGCGAGUCUACUUCCCGCACCAUUUCUAUAGAAUGUGGAAUGCAAAGUUCAGCGCUUGGUUUCUUACUUGCACAAAAGCAUUUCACAAAUCCUCUAGUGGCUGUUCCUUCUGCAGUCAGUGUUGUCUGUAUGGCGCUCGGAGGGAGUGGUUUAGCCGUGUUCUGGAGAAAUCAACCGAUCCCGAAAGAUGACAAAGAUGACUUCAAAGAGUGAAUGAAUGUGAACAAGGAAAAGUUAUUUGUCGUCGAUGGGAUUGUGUAAUGUUUAAGACAAAACAAGUGCCGUGCAUGUUGAAUUUGUGGUCAAAUUUACUAUGAGAUUAGCAAACCCCUACAACAAAGUUACUACGAUCACGGUAAUACGGAUAUACUGUACUAAGAA